GUCAAAAGAAAGUAAGGAGAUUUUUCACUUCCAUUUCGUCAUUCGAGAACGAAUCGAGCCUUCAGUCACGAUGGCUAAGGUAGACUUCCUAGAAUGUUAAAAUCCACGAACGAAGAUGCAAUUCAUCGUAGUAAAAUAUGGUUCUAAAGGAUUCAGCCCAGGAGCAUGAUAAAGAUGUUCAUGGGUUUACGCAAUCAAAAUUCCUGGCAGUCAAAGAAGGACUCGAGCGAGAAGUUGAUGUUGAGCCGGCAAAGCCAAUUUUUCCCGGUGGCAAACAAGUCAAACAUGUCGUAUCUGGAGGAGUUGCAGGCGCUUUGUCACGAACUUGUGUUUCGCCUUUAGAAAGAGUGAAAAUUCUUCUACAGGUUGGCUUCAAUUCACUACAACGAGAUAGUUUAGAGUAAAAGUAUGCUCAUAUUUAAUUAUCUGAAUUAUUUCCUUUUCAGAUUCAAGUUAAGGAUCCAAAAUUUUCAGGCGUUGGUGCAACUUUGAUCAAAAUAGGAAGAGAGGAAGGGUUAAAGGGUUAUUUUAAGGUGAUCAUAAUUUAUAUCAAUAGCUAUAAAAAAAACUUGUAUCAAUAUCUAUUUUUAAAAAAAAAAAUUUAGAGGCUGAUGGUAUUCUGGGAAAAAUCAUGUGUCUACCCCCUCCUCACCCCAUCCUACCAGGGGGUGCUCAUGCUCCUUGCCCAGUAAUAAAUAUAUCUUAAAGCAACAAAGGGAAGAUUUUGUCAGGGAAUGGGGUGAGGAGAGAGAGUAUAGGGAGAGAGGGACAGGUCAUGUGAAGGUGAUAUUCUUGAUGUUAAUUCAUUAUAUUCUUCAGAAUCUGUUUGCAAGAACUGUAUCUCUAUUUAAAGAUAAGAAUCCAGUUUAUCACGAGUUGUUUCAAUCAUCAAAUUUAUAUAAUCAUAUAAACUCCCAGUUAUACUGUACUCAUUUGCAGUCUCUCUCUACAGGGUAAUGGAACAAAUGUUCUUAGAAUUAUUCCAUACUCAGCUGUACAAUUCGCUUCAUAUGAAGAAUUCAAGAAGGUAUUGUAAUCGAACAUUUAUUGAUUAUGUCUUGGAAGGUUUAUGUACUCUAAAUAUAGGGCAAUAAGUGAAUUAAAAUGGAAAGAUUUACUGGUAUAUGAAAAUUGGGAGCAUAGAUAUUUAAAAAGCAUAAUUUCACAUCUUUUGGAAAACAUGGAUGGGACAUUUCAAUCUCUUUGGUACCUCCUAUUUUCCUACAACAGCUUGUCUUCUUGGCACCAAUUUUUAAGUAUUAUUUUAUUACAUUUUCAGCUUCUGAAGGUUUCAGAAGAUCUUCAAUACCAAACUCCUUUGCGGCGACUAGUUGCUGGAGGUUUGGCUGGGACAACAUCUGUUAUUGCAACUUAUCCUCUUGAUCUUGUAAGGUAACUUACUGCCUGUUCUAUUGUUAUAUUCAGUAACAUAACCUUCCAAGUUUAGCAAACUUUGAUUAUAUUAAUCCUGCAUUCAAGAAUGAUUAAACUACAUAACUGUAUGUGGGAGGCUAGAAGCAGAAAGUGGAUCCAGGAAUUUUCCCAGGAAGGGGUGUACCACUCAGGAAUGAUGUAACUGACAGGUGACGCAAACAGUUGUUUUCGAAUAAUACCAGUCAUAUCAGUAAGCUGAACAUUACCUCAAGGGAGGAGGGGAGGUGUACCCCUGCACCUUCCUCUAGAUCCAUCCCUGUGAAGCAACUUGGAAUAUUGAAAUUCUGUCUGGAUAGGGUGCUAAUUCGGCCCAAGUUAAUGCCUUCACUUCCAGAUGUCAUUAGUAAUCAUCCUUACUGUCUGCCAUACAGUUCUUUUGAUGUUAGUUUGGAUAAUUUGGUAUUGGAUCAAAUAAAAUUUCCCAAAUUGAUAUUUUUCUCCUUUCUAAGCACUUGUCUGCUUGUUAUUGUAUUGAUAUUGUUAAAAGGAAUUCUGUCUCAGUAACUCAUGAGAAUUACAGGGUUUGAGAGCAAUAUUUUGUUAGAUUUCCUUGGCAGUAUUGGAAGCCUGGUACCCAUGUAGAGAAAUUAACUGCCCCAAAACAUAACACAAUGACUCUGUACCAUGGGUUGCAACUCAGCGACAUUUCUCACUUUAUAUUGGUGAUUAGUAUUUAGUAUUUUAAAAAGUCUAUGGACUGUCUCUUCACAGAACAAGACUUGCAGCACAAUGUGAAGGGGCAGAGAGAAGAUACAGGUAUUAAAAAUCCUUUCUUAAACCAUAGUGUACACCUUAACAUCAGUAUGCAUAUUCUCCAAACUGUUCCCUAUACAUUUCCUAAGGUGUAGAUAAGGAGAACUUGUAGAGCAUCUGUAGUUGGUGAUCUUUUCCUUUAUUCUUGUGACCAUGUUGUUUGAUUCAGGGAGAUAUUGUAAGGAGAAAUUAGAUGCGAGUUCACUUUUAGGAUGAAACUGGUGUAUCAUUUAUACUGAUUAUAGACAAGGUGAAUUCAAUGAUUUAUUUAUAUAUUUAUCUGUCUAUUUAUUUAUGACAUGAUCUUACAGGAAUAUUUUACAUGCAUUUCAAACAAUUCUGAAAGAUGAAGGAGGACUUAUCAGUGGUUGUCUUUACAAAGGACUUCCUCCAACUGUCAUGGUAUUGUAUAAUAAACACCUCCAUGUAAAAUAAUUAUGCAAGAUUUUGCACAGUGACUAUGCUUUGUAACUAUUACAAUAUGCAUUUGUUUCAGUUAUGACACACAAACAUGUACUGCCUAUAAUACUAGAGUAAUUUAGUAUCAACUGAAUUGAAAAUGUAAAUUGGCCACGGGAAAGAGUUUAAAAGUUGAGUUUAAAAGCAUACAAUAUUAGGCUGAAGCAAGAUAAUAGUUUAUAAUCUCCAGGGUGAGGACAAUGUUGGCCACAAAUUUCUUUCGCUUAUAGAAUAAAGAUACAAAUACUAAGACUGUUUAGACUUUAAAUAGCGGGCAGGGCAGGAAGUUAGAGAUAAUUGGUCAAAUAAUAACAUAUGGGUAAUAAAGACUAAGUAAUAAUUUUGUAGAGAAACAGUUGUGAAGUCAGCUCUUCAUAUUCUUGUAUAUCUAAUUUCACUGAAUACAUAUUUAACAAUGUAAAGGUCCAUUAUGCAGUCAAUCUUUUUUUCUUUAUCAGCUGAAAACCAAAAUUGAUUUUCACUAAUGAUACAGCCAGUGUGACUCGGCUGCCUUAAUUUUUUUCCCCAUUGACCUUCUAAAUUUUGCUGCAUGUGACACUGAUUGUAGGUGAUGGCACAUUCAAGUUAACACAAAACCUUAUUCAUUUGUCAUCGAUGGCUCUGACAAAGGGCUAAUGUUCAAAAGGUCAGCUUGGUGGCCAAAUUGCGAUAUCAACUCAGUUUAUAAUACUAAAUUAUCCCACUAUACUCUCCUACCGACACUGCACAACAGUUUCUCUAGAAACUUACCUCCUUGAUAAUACCACAGUUUUGCAAUCAUUUUUGCAGGGAAUUGCUCCCUACAUAGGCUUGAAUUUUGCUGUUUAUGAAACUUUGAAAGGUACUGUUUCACCUAUUUUGUCUCUAUUGUAACUCUGAAGGUUUUGUAACAUCAGCACAAUAAGUUAAUGGCACUAAGACUCAGAAAGCCUGAACUACAUACUCUUUUCAUAUAUAGGUUAUAUCUUUGGUUAUGAAUCAUUAGCUGAUGUAGCAGGAUAUCAUAAGAAAGAUAAAAACUUUUAAGCUCAUGAAAGAACAAAGCCAAAAUUUUUAUUCCAUCAACUUAACAUGGGUGUGUGGUAAAAACAUCAGAGUCCUUUGUCUUUGUGAGGUAUCAAACCUCAGACCUUUUGAUUCUCAGUUUUUUCUUAGCCCCAUGGUUGUAAUGAAACUAAGACCAAAUUUCUUUAUUGGUGAUGAACGAGUCAUUUUGUUAUUUUUCAUUUUAGAUUUUGUCCUGGGGCAUUUAAUUGUGAGAGCACGGGGAGCAGAGCUGAAAAGAAUGGACAAAGAUAGGGAAUUACCUGUCAUGGUUCGUCUCAUUUGUGGUGGACUAGCAGGAGGUAUUUCUCAAACUGGUGAGUAUCACUGUAACUAACCUUAAUUCAAUGUAGAAUUUUGUUCUCAAGCUGAUGAAACAUGCUUUGUAAUUACUUUAACUAGAGUCAUGCCAUUUUUGUCAGUUAAUCAAAGACAUACUGUACAUGUACACAAUAAUGCAUCUUCAACCCUCCACUCUCAAGGUCUCAUUAGUAAUCCUCCUUACUUUCUCCCAUACAAUUCUUAUGAUGUUUUAGAUUUGAGAAUUUGGUAUUGGAUCAACUAAUAAUCCCCCUAAAUUAUAUUUUUCUCCAUUCUCAUGAUUUAUUUGCUUGUUUUUGUUUUGAUGGUGUAAGGAGGAAUUCUAUCUUUGUCAAUAAUCAGAGUUAAUGGGUUAACCCUUCUACUCUCGAAAAAGACCAGAAAGUAUUUUUUUGGCAAGAUAUAAAAAAACAAAUUGUGUAAUUAUGAGCAAAGAAGGAACAUAAUGGCUGAGAAUAAGAGAAGUUUAAAACAGACUGGGAAUCUAAAUUUUAUUUAAGUUUAUGUAUUUCUCAAACCAGGUAACCCUGUAUUUUUCCCAGGCUGGUCAGUUGGGUAUUUCUCAAAGUAGGCAUCUAAACCAGUUUUCUGAUUCCUUUACUUUAAUUAUGUUUGUUUUCAGUAACUUAUCCUUUAGAUGUGGUGAGAAGACGAAUGCAAAUGAAAGGGAUCAGUGGGGACCUGUUUGCGUACACCUCUACUAAACAUGCAUUCACAACCAUUGUUCAAGUGGAAGGAGUAAAAGGUUUAUACAAAGGAAUGUGGCCCAAUCUGCUCAAGGUAACACUUGAAAGCCACCAUCAUGAAAUCCUCAAUAGUAAGAGAGGGGGAGGAUUACUCCUUGGAAUUCUCGGUAGUGGUUUGCUGCUCAGUUUAGUCUUACAACUGAAAUCAUCUCAACCAAUCAAUUUCACUAACAAACUCCUCACUAAACUCUGAUGAGUACUUCCACCCAGGUUGUUGAAACAGCGAUCUGUGUCACUCACUGACAACAUUUCAGGACUACUCUCAACCAGACCACCUGAUCAACCAUUGUGUGAAUAGUUCAGAAAAAUGAUUGGUAUCACUAUUUAUUAUGUUGUUUGUGUCUUUCAACAGGUUGCCCCACUUGUUGGAAUCCAGUUUGUAACUUAUGAAAUAACCAAGGCCUUCUUGUAUGGCCAAGGACUUCAACUCCCCUGGAGAUAACAAGGCGACAUGCGUUUAUCCUUAGAGUAAUUGCCUUUAAUGAUAACAAAUUAGAGCUGAAAACUCGGGGUUCGUGAAGUGAAGACUUCAUACCUGAAACAAGCAGAUAUUCGAAUUGUCCAUUUGGUUAUUUAAUACCAACUGAUAAAAAUUCAAGCUACUGCUUUGUAUUUUUUAAGAAGCAAUUAAUAUUUAAGGUUGCUGUUAAGUUAUGCUGUUUCCCUUUUGGAAAAUGUGGUGUCAAAGACACUAAUCGUACAGAAAACUACGCACAAUGAUCAGGGGUAUAACACAGUCACCAUCUGAAGUUAUUUUUAUUUUUUGCACCUACUUUUCCAUUCCUUUCUACAAAGCGAGAGCUUGGCGCAUGUCAUGACGUAGGGAUCUUCUUUAUAUGUCUGUAGAUAAGCACAGUUCCUAAAUACUUUUCUUAACUAAAUUGUUAGCUAAUCAAUCGAAUUAAAGUGAG